GACUCAACCACUUUUUACAGUUUCAAAGGAAUGCUAGUGAUCUUGUUAUCGCUAGUUGCUGUCACUGUUCAACAACAAUGGACAUCCGAAGAUUAUCCAAACCCACGAAAGGACGGCUUCAAACAAUGUAAAAUGCGAUCAAGAAGUAAUAUCUGUGAUCCAGAUGAACUUUUUGAUGAAUCAGGACGAUAUCGGCUGAACCAUGAGCUAAUGACUUUGUCGCAGAGAACGGAGAGUACUGGGAAUACGUUUUGCACCAAGAAAGGCAUGGAUGCAGUGCUUGCCAUUACCCGUCAGGGAUCACAAGAACUUGCAAAUGGUCUCCGAGAUCGAUGGCGCAUGGAUGACCAAUGCCAAAAAAGCGCUGUGUUCUUGUUGAGCGCCGAUAACCGUCAGCUUUAUUUUGCUCCACAGCCAGGGACCCCGCUGAAUGAUGCCGAAUUUCAAGCCAUACUGGCAUCAAACAGCAUGCAGCUGCAAGCAGGAGAGUUUCUGCCAGCGCUAGUCAACAUCUUCAAGGAAAUUGGCAAAAAGACUGACGUUGUUGGCCCAGAGCCACCCACCCCCGUUCCCCCAUACAAAAGGGCCUCACCUAUUACGAUCUUUGUAUCCAUCAUGCUUGCAUUACUACUUUCAUUUUGAUUAUGUUUUACUGUAUAUUUUCUUUCUCUACUCAAAAAUGUGCUCACUCGAACCAUGGUUACUAUAAAUUGCCUUAUACUAUGUAACAGAGUGUGGAAUGAUCGGAA